CCAACUCUCUUUAUCGGCACCGGCCCGGCCUGGAAGGAAGGAGGGCUGUGUGGGACUUCUCAUCCUCUGCCACAAGAGGUGCUGCUCGAGGUUGAGGGGGGGUGCCCUUGCCGUGUGGAUGCUCGAAGAUCUGUGACGGUCUCUCAUCGGGCGAUGGACAAGCAGUCGAUGCUGGUGGGAGACGGUCGACAGCAGCCCGCUGACACGGAUUACCAACCCCCUGAAGCCUCAUCUCUUAUUCCUGCCAGCCUCAGUGAGACCGCAGAUCAGCCGGAGAACAGGCGACACGCAAGACUUUUGUUUGUGGAUGCUGUUUGUCUGUCUGUGCAGCUCAUGGUUGUGUGGAUCCAUCAGCAGAGAUUCACGAGAAAGGGCAGCAGACGCAGCAAGACCACAGAAACCAUCACGGCGCAGCAGACUCUCCCCUGUCGGCGCCAAUUUGGCCGGCACCGUUGCCUCCGUCUGGCUUAUCGUGGGGCAAAGGGAAGCGAUCCAAGCCUCCUGCCACUACAUUGAUGGUGGCCAAAAAGGCUCGCAGUGCUUCAAAGUGAGAGCGAUAAGGGAGAGGGUUGACGGAUGGAUGGCGGCUGAUGGAAUGUCUCAUCAUGCCUGUGCAUGUGCUGUUUUGUCAGUGCUGGUCACAUGAAGCCAUCCAUGCGCAGCAGCCUUGCAAACCAUCCACUUCAUCCACCGCAGCAACUCAUCAAGAAGGAAGGAGUAGGCGCACACACGAUGGCACGGUCCUUCACCGUAUGCGGCUGCAUGCUUGGUGCAGAAAAUGGACCGUCAAUUGUCGCAGCAGCUGAGCAGCCCGCCCGUUGUUUGCCUGUUUGGAGCGUCACAGUUCUGCGUCCACCCUCAAUGUGACAGCAAGGAGGGGCCACCAUGGACGACCAGUUGUCUUUCUUUGCUCUCCUUCCUUCUGAUCAGGCAUCCUCAACUCAUCUUCGAGUCAUGUCAAGGUACGUGUCAAUCAGACUUGACCCGUCGACUUGACUGUGGUGUUUCGUGCAGAUGGAGGUUGGCCACCUCCCGGUAGGUGGGCGUCCCCCUGGUCCGUCCUCUCAACUGAAGUCGCCCGUCGACGUCUUGCCACGGGCUGGUCUCACCAACCUGCCACAUCAGCAGCUGAUGCCGUUGAUCAAGCAGGAAGAGGUACGCACUCACAGAGAGUGCCAUACAUCGCUGAUAUAAUGGGCCCAUCUCUGUUGCAGGCGAUGGACGAUGAGCCGUCGCAGGCUGGACGGCCGAGCAACCUGCCCACCUCUGGCGCGUCUGGCGCGUCGCAUUUUUGUCUCUCUCCUCCAAGUAAGGCAUCCCUCCACAAGCACAUUGGCACAAUCAGCAGACGGGGAGGGGUGGAAACGGACGAUUCAUCCUCUGUGUCUUUGUGUCUGUUCGUUACGCCUCAGGCAUCAUCAAGGCGCUGCGGGACAACUGGGACAGGUGUGACCUCGACCGCCCCCGAUCCACCACUUCCGUCGACCCCUGUGACUUGAGCACGCCACCCGAGGCGCGUCAAGUGUGGCUCAAGCCCAACGGUGAGUGGCUGCCCCGCGGCUGUGACAUCGCCCUGCUGCCCGCGGGACAAGACGGUGGCCACGUGCGUCUUCCACGUCAAUGGCGUCAUGUGCGGCAAGCAGAACACAUUCAGGAACAUGGUCAACUCACACCUUCGCAAGACACACAAACUCCUUGCGAAGCCGAAAAAGGUGAGAUAGCAAGUGUGUACAUCCACAACCAGCCAGAGACGACAGAUGAAUGCUCUGUGGAUGUUUUGCAGCGUGGCACGAUCUCUCCGACGGAGCCAGAGACGGCGCCAGAGGUACUACAUGGGUGUCACAUUCAAGAAACCACCAUGUGUCUGGUGCAGUUCAUAGAAGACGGAGGACUGGAGGAGAGCGAGGAGACCACCACCGUUCAGCUCCCUCACGACCCAGGCACAGCACACAAGACACUGCCUGUGCAGUCUGGACGUAUUGUCAUCUCCUUGAUUCAGAUACUCAUGCACUCGCCCCUGUUGCCCCACUUGAGGACGCCCACUCAUAUGCUGGCCCGACCCCCUUCCCACCUGUGCAUCCGCAAGUCGAGACGUCUGUCAAUGCAGGUCAGCGGACCAGGCUUCACCUGCUUAUCUGCAUGAAGCCACGCUCACACAUUCUUCGGCCUUUGUGUGGUGCAGGACUGCUGGCCUUCACUGACUUCGACCGUUUCUCUGACUUCCCAGCCCCACACGACCAGGUGAGUGCGCAAGCAAGGGAGGUAACGUUGGCUCUUGGUUGUUCUUUGUUAGAUCCAUGUGCUGGAAGAGGGUGAUGGCGUGCAAGUGGCAUGGUUAGGAGGCAUGUGACAGCAACGUGGAUCGGUGCGAUGGUCAUUUGUCAUGUGUGCACAGGGAUGUGUCCGACGGACCGAGCAGAAACAUCGGAUGGUUUGACGGAGAGGUGCUUCGAGUCGAGGAAACCCAGUUCCACGUAGGGAGACGGAAGUCACGCAGAGAGGCGACAGUGACACAUGUACACGUGUCUCGGUGUACUUUUGCGGCUGUAAAAGGUGGAGUACUUCGUGUGCGGCAAGCGGUUGAAGUACUGGUUUGAUUCCCGUAUCUUCAUCAACAUGGAAGGUGCGACAUGUGACGAGACCUGCAUCCACAUGAAUGAUGGUCCUCGACUGCGUAUGCAGGUCUGCAUUCCAUCGAAUCGCUUGUGCAGCACACACGGAGAGGCGCGGUCCGCAGGAGGCCUCAGCGAUGGCUCACUCCACAGGCUGACCAAGCUUGGACAUUGCAGAAAGGUGGAGAAGGUAAAGGGGUCUUGUCUCGAUCUCAUUUCGAUGUUUCUUGAUACCAGGGGCUGUCGUCUCUGUUGUCCAAGAGGGCGAUCGCCUUGAGCACCAUGACGCCGUUGUGCGUGAAUGCUGGUUUUUUCCUGGGGGGUCUCGCAAGGUACUCGUACACGCGUGCAGGUAGCCAUGCAUCAGGUAUUCGUAUCCGUGUUCGGCUGCACAGGCCACGGUGCGGUAUCUUGUCAGCGGUGAGGAGGAGUUGCUGCCCACGGAGGUAUGUGCUCCAAGACGAAGCGUCCUAUCGGAAACUUACUUGUGCUCUGUGUCUCCUUCUCCGCUGGUGCGAUACAAGCUCGGGCUUUCGAUGUCAUCCAACGUGCAAUCGACCACGGGAUCCCUGCCUCACUCAUUCAGACGAUUCCCAAGUGAGCGGAUGGAUCUGUCAAACGAUUACUUGAUUGCUUGCCUUCGUUUGGCUUCCAUUUCGAAACUGACGACACUUGGCUGCAAGUUAUUGGCAAGAAAGAGGAGGAAUCGAUUGACUGACCGCGGCGGGCAGGUCGGGCAGCUCAGGGGAGAGAGACGCAGUCGAGAGGGGGAGGGGAAGUGCAUGCAGUCGAGCGACGGGAAGGGCGACAAGUAGUGCCUUAGGGAGUGGGAGUGUGUCUCGGUAGUUUUUUACUACUUGUAGAGAGCCGGCUGCCUCUUUUUUGGCUGCCAUGGCUGCUGAGUAGAGGGAGAAUUCUUCCGUUUUGUGGGUUGCUUCCAUGCCUGGUUUGUGUAAUCAGAGAGAGGUAGGCUUGUGCCCAGUGUGCGUAGGAGAGAAGAGCGAGAGCCGUCAUCAAUUACGAGAGUGAUAGAGAUAGAGGGUGCGAAUUUGUUGUUCAUGUGUGCGUGAACGAG